AUGGUUGCCCUUGUUCGUUCCGGUGUAUCACUUAUGUCUCUUUUGGUUCCGCUGGUAGCCAUCAAGUCGUCGCCAAGUGUUACCAUCGCGCAAGAUGGCCUCUCCAAGACAUGCAACAUUGAGUAUGGAGAUCCUGAGGUAACACUCAGAGCCAGUCCUGCUAGCACCCCUCAAGGGAGCUCUAUCGAAGCUAGUUUGAAGAGUGACUCCGGCGUGACCCGAGCUAUAUACCGUGGUGAUGGUACUCUCGAGUUCCGUUACAGAGUAUUCGCCUUGGAUGCGAAAAUGAUCAAGUGA